AUGAAUGUUAUGAAAGACUCUUCUCGUGAAGAGAGCUCAUCCCGAGAAGUAGAAGGAUCUUUGGUGGUACUUUCCCGACGAGGAAGCUAUCGAAAGAUUUCGGAGGGGACCAUGAGCAGGAACAGUAGCAACAACAACAUGAGCAGAAAUUCCUCAUUCACGGAUGUUGCAGACCAAAUGCCGGAGAAUGGUUCCACUAACACUACCACCAUGACCCCUAUCAUUUCCUCUCGAGAGUUGUUUGGAAAAGAUGGCAGUGAUGAACAUGAAAAUUUGAACCCCCUCCUCUAUUCCCCCAUCACUUCUCCUCUCACCCCUUCCUCCCCAGCUUCACCCUUUAUUUUGUGUCCAUUCGCGUACAAGCCUACUCAUGGACGACAACGACGGCAUUCGUCCCAUGAGGCCAUGACCAUUACAGAUAUUGAGGAUGAAGGCGACUCUUUGAGUUGUUUCAUCUCAAACGAUGCCCAAGAUCCUUCCAUCACCAUCACUCCUGUACCCAGCAAUACCACCACCAACAACAACACCAACAACAUUUCACUCUCCUCAUCUUGCCUUUAUUCAUCCUUAAUGAUGAAUCGGAGGUUACUUGUAAAAUCAGACACACCAAACGACGCAAUGACCCCUUACGGCACUACAAGUGAAGCAAUAGGAGACAGUGAAACCUCUUCUUUAACAUCAACAGCAGCCUCUGCAUCUUCUGCGUCCUCUGCAUCAAAACAAAUCCUCAAUAACCCUUCUCGUCCCAUGCUAAGGACCCACAAGCAUGCAAGAAAAUGUACUUUAUUACGACCCCAAAGAUCUUCAUGGCAUGCCCAAACCAAACAUUCGAGCUCAGCCAACAGACUUCUCGAUUUUCAGAUGCAACGUCAGCCGGUUCCUUUGAGAAAUUUGUUGCUGGGUGGACAUCAUCACGACGUUACAUUAGAGCCACCUCACCAACCACACAAACAUCAUCAGCACCACAACAAUCAUCAGCACCAUAGUACACAACACAAAAGUUCAACAAUUUCAACAUCAUCAACAACAUAUUUAUCCAGUAGCGUCAAAACCAGACGUUCCAACUCAAACAGUAGCAGUGGCAUACCAAGUCAACAACCACACCAAGAAUCUGAUACCUCUGACUCUCGCUCCUUAACAACAGAGGAAUCAAUUUCUGUCAGAUCUUUUGACUCCUCCCUUGAUGAACCAGCAACCUCUCCAUUUGCAUUUCUUCAUGAUUUUUCCCCAGUUGUAAAUACAUCUUCCACCACCACCCUCUUCAAACCUUAUAAUCAUGAUAGCAGAUACAAGAGAGAGGGAGCAGGUUUUUCAGAGAGUGAAAUUGCUGCCUUGCUUCUCAUUUUGUUCAUUAAGAUGAUUUUAUUUUUGGUUCAUAUUGCAUCUCCCAAGUUUUCUGAAUGGAUUCGCAAGUGUUGUUUCUCGUAA